GCCGGCGCCAUUGCAAGGAGCGGGGCGGCGCGGCCGGCGGGGACGGGGACGGAGCGGAGCCCAGGGAGAGCGGGCACCGGGCACGGCGGCGGGAGGGAGGCAUGCGGAGCGGGCAAUGUGCCGGCAGCCGGGAGGACUGCAACAUGCGAUUACAUAUGUGUUCCACGCCCUCACAAUGAAGUGUAACGCCAGUGUCAAUGGAGGUGGGAACAGCACGACCCACGUGGACAGUGGAGUCAAUAUUGUCGCGUCCGUCGCCAUCAUUGUGAUCACAUCGUUGGUCUUCCUGGGGAACCUGGUGAUCGUCGUAACUCUCUACAAGAAGUCUUAUCUGCUGACUCCGAGCAACAAGUUUGUCUUCAGUUUGACGCUCUCCAACCUUCUGCUCUCCGUCCUGGUGCUGCCUUUCGUUGUGGCGAGCUCGAUCAAGCAAGAAUGGGUCUUUGGGGUGGUGUGGUGCAGCUUCACCGCUCUCCUCUGCCUGCUCAUCAGCUCCGCCAGUAUGAUGACGCUCGGUGUCAUCGCAAUAGACCGGUACUACGCUGUUGUUUACCCGAUGGUAUAUCCUAUGAAAAUAACUGGAAACCGGGCAGUGCUAGUGAUUACCUACAUUUGGCUGCACUCUCUCAUCGGCUGCCUUCCUCCUCUCUUUGGCUGGUCGGCCUUCGAGUUUGACCAGUUCAAGUGGAUCUGCACGGCUGCCUGGCACAAAGGAGUGAGCUACACUGUCUUUUGGCAGAUAUGGUGCGGACUGCUGCCGUUCCUGGCCAUGGUCACUUGCUACGGGUUUAUAUUUCGCGUGGCCCGGCUGAAAGCACGGAAGGUUCACUGCGGAACUAUCGUCGUGGUGCAAGAGGGAACGGACAAGGACAGAAGAAAAAAUUCAAACUCCUCUACCUCGUCGUCGGGAAGCAGAAAGAACGGCAGCAAUAAUAUUGUCUACUCUGCCAAUCAGUGCAAAGCCCUGACGACUAUUGUGAUUGUGAUUGGAGCCUUUGUCGUCACGUGGGCCCCUUACAUGAUCAUCAUUAGCACCGAGGCACUUUAUGGUAUCGGUAGUGUGACUCCAGGGCUGGAGACACUGGUAACCUGGCUGUCUUUUACUAGCGCCAUAUGUCAUCCACUCAUCUAUGGCCUGUGGAACAAAACGGUACGCAAGGAGCUGCUAGGGAUGUGCUUUGGGGACAGAUACUACAGGGAUUCAUUUGUUCAGCGUCAGCGCACUUCCAGACUAUUCAGCAUCUCCAGUCGCAUCACAGAUUUGGGGCUGUCUCCUCAUCUCACAGCCCUGAUGGCUGGUGGACAAUCACUAGGUCACAGCAGCAGUACUGGGGACACAGGGUUUAGCUUCUCUCAGGACUCAGGAACUGAUGUCAUGUUAUUGGAAGAUUUCAAUUCAGAUGGAAGUCAUUAUUCGUACCACAAUAACUACCCCAACCCUAGGCGGCGGAGUUCCGCGACGAUUGGUGAGCUCCCAGAACCACAAGAGGAGGUUGACCAUUCUUCAGUCCUGCAAAUCAAAGCAGAUGUUCACAAAACGCUGGACAAUUUUGCUGCCAGCUUGGCCAAAGCCAUCGAGACUGAUGCCAAAAUUAGCCUCUUUGGGGAGAGUGGUUUGACUGGAGAUUUGUUCAGUGUUAUUAAAACAGUACCUGGAGGUGUGAGCAAAGGAAACAAAAUUACUGCAGAUCAGAGACUGAGGCUGGCGAGUAUCGAUGAAGGAAUUGUUAAUGAUGGCACGGAAGAAGAGAAUACCGCAGAGGAUUGAAGCAAACGUGCAAUGUAAAAGAGACAUUACAUUUUUCUCUAGCAUCUUACAUGGCUGAGGCUUAAAAAUAUCUACUAGUAUGCCUUGUUGUACAAUAAUUCAAAUAUUGAUGUAUAAAAUUAUAGGUGACUGAUUCAAGGUGUAGAAAGAUAUAAAAAUGGGAGAAGCCAAAAAGGUUGACAUCUCAGCCCAUGCUCUAGUUAUUGCUAAUAAUUUGGCUUGUAGUGACAUACAGAAUGAAAUGUUCGUUACUCCCAGAGGAUAUUUGCCGCGAUUGCUGCUUUGAGAAAAUAAAUCUAUUUCCUUCUGGUCAGUUGAUAGUGGUGUCAGCACCUGCUUUUUUGGGGGUGAACACAGGCAGCUAGUUAGCAGGUUUUUAAAUGAAAGUAAGUCGAGUAAUUGAAAACGGGCUGAUACCGCAGCUAGAAACUCAAUCUGUAUGUUCUAAACAAAAAUGAUAUCGAAAGUCGGGCAGUUUCUUUGCAGAACAUAGAUAGGUGACAUUUCAGGAUGGGACCCAUCUUCAGACUCGGACUGAAGAGACCUGAAAUGUCACCUAUCCAUGUUCUCUGGAGAUGCUGCCUGUCCCGCUAAGUUAUUCCAGCGCUUUGUGUACUUUUUUUGCUAACCAGCAUCUGCAGUUCUUUGUUGAUAGUUAAGUUUGGGGUGCUGGCAAGAAGCAAGGAACACAUCAAUCUGUGAUUCUUUAAAAUGGACAAGUACAGUUUCUCCAGAGUUUCAUCUUAAAGAGUUGAUUCCAGUUUAACAAACACAUGGGGCAAACAGGGUUGCUGUUUUAAAUGCCUGUAAUGAGAUGUUUAUAAAUUAGUUUAAUUGGGUUAAUUAUUGUCACAUGUACACGCUAUGAAAAGCUUUUGUUGCAGCUGCCGUCAAAGAUAGCAUGCAACAAAAGCCUUUCACUGUACCUCAGUCCAUGUGACAAUAAUAAACUAAACUAUUUUAUAAUCAUUACUGGCAAAAUAGAUGAAGUAGAGGCACUGCUUAAUUUUUCUUUAAAAAGAUUUGUGAGGUAUUGAUUUUUUAUAUAUGCCAAAAAGGUUUUGAGGCCUGUGGAAAUGUGCAAGAUCCACCAGGGUUAGAAGAUAAAACAACAGUACUCAUUACUGAGCAUAAUGGUUCUGCAUUCCAAUUAUAGCAAGUGUACGUACAGUUUAGCAGAUGCUCACUGCCAAUUGUUCACAUAUUUCUAAGCCAUGUGCCAGUCACAUUUUUAACAAAUGUUCUGGACGACAAAUGUCCUGAGUUGUGUAUGUCAAACAAAAAUGUACUGAAGAAUUUGUAAGUUAAAGCAAAUGGCAAAAUGUCAUUCCCAUGUUUUAUAUUAAAAUAAACCUGACCUGGUUAUAUUAACGUC